UAAUAUAAGUCACUGUACACAUAUUUAGUUUGGCACUAUGUACAGAGAAUCAGGGUUUGUGAAUACUGAGCUGAAGCUUAUGAGCUAGGAUUGUAUUCAUUUGCUCUACUUUGCUUCUUGUAAUAAGUGAGUUAAAUGUGAUGUCUUAAUAAUUUGACUAUUAAUGGUGAGUUUGUCUUUGAAUCAGUGUGAAAUCUUAAGUAUUAAGACCCACUGGGAGUCUCUUUCUCUCUUUCUCUCAUUUUAACUGUCUUUCUGAAAUACUAGAAUAUAUUCCAAGCAGUGACACAGUUUACUCUGCAUAUCCUUUAAUUAUUUUCAGAGUAUCUGGGAAAAGUCAAAUUCUCCAUUUAUUUUUAAAACUUAUGUAAUAGCUAUGCUACAAUGCAUAGUAGAGAAUUAGACAGGCACUUCUGUUUAGUUUUCCAAGUACACCUCCACAUAGUAUUUGGGUAUUUCAUGAGCCCCAGCAUCCUGAAAUUUGCAGUUUCCCAGCAUUUUUUGGUCUGCCUACGUCCACUGCUAAAUAGUUUUUGAAAUAUUAAAAGAUUAAGGAGCUUGACUUGUAUUUUUCAGCUGAUAUAAUGGUAAAGUUAUCUGAAAGAUGGGUGUCAGAUGUUUGGAUAGGGGGCGCCAUUUCAGUGCUUGCCCUAGGCGCUAUUUUCCCUAGAUACACCUCUGAAUGUUUCUACUCUCUACAAGCUUCCUGAAAAUGAACAGGAGAUGGGGAUCAGUAAGUGGAGGACCAGGAAUCCUGGGUAGCUAAGAAAAGAGCUCUGCCCAAAUGCAGCUGUCAGUCAGAACAGGUUAAAGAGAGACUAAAGGUCUGACUUGGCAUAAGGCAGGCAUGGUAGAUAGAGCCUGGCCAUUGCACAUGAGGAGGGCUGUCUUGCCAGUCCUAUGCAAUGUGAUCCUUUUCAUGCUCUGUGUCUGACUCUGUGCGCACACAUGCACAUGCACUUUAGGCAAAUCCUAGGCUGUGGAAUGCGCUCCCUGUAGACAUUCAUGGUUUAACAUCUUGCCAGCCUUCAAAAGAGCUCUUAAGACACAUUUUUUUCAGCCAGGCUUUUAGUAAUCUCUGAAUGUUUUUAAAUUUAUUAAUUGCUGUUUUUAACAGCUUGUUUUAUUUUGUAUUUCUUGUGUUUUUGUGAGCCACCUAGAGUCAGGCGGUCUAUUGAAUGAAUGAAUGAAUGAAUGAAUGAAUGAAUACCAGCUGGAUAAGGUACGCUCAGGCAAUUGCUACCAGGUCUUACCAGUGCUUUGCAAUACGUUCCUCUUCAUACUUUCUUAGUGUGUUUGUUAGUUCAUUUUAGAUGGCAAAUCCCAGCUGGGUAAGAUAAGCAGAAAGCAAAAGCAAUUGUCAUCAGCUCUUGCCAAUGCUAUGCAAAGCAUUCCUCUUCAGUGUGUGCGUGUGUGUGUGUGUGUGUGUGUGUGUGUGUGUGUGUGUGUGCGCGCGCGCACGCACGCAUGUGUGCACACACACACGUACUUUAGAUGGCAAAUCCCUACUGAGUAAAGAAAGCAGAAGCAAUUGCCAUCAGGUCUUGCCACCAGUGCUAUGCAAUGUGUUCCUUUUCAUUCCUUGUUGGCUUGUUUUAGGUGGCAAAUCCCUCCCAGCUGGGUAAGGUAAAUAGAAAGCAGAGGCAAUCAGGUCUUGCUGGUGCUGUGCAAUACGUAGGGAUGCACAUGAAUGUUUCUGCGGGAUGGGGAGCAGUACCUUUAAGCAUGAGUAAAGCAGGUCCUUACCUGCUCCUCCACUGCCCCUCCACUUAUCUGGGUGCAGCGCUCCCUGCUCAGAAGUCCAUGCGCAGCUGCGGGGCUUCACCCAGCAGCCUGCUCACAGUGGCCAUGUGUGUGAUCAGCAUGGUGUUCAUGCCAAAACACCUCAGAACUGUUGGGCUUCAACUUAUGCAGCAUUGGUCUGCAGGAAGGCACAAACUAGAUAAGAAGAAUUAUGAGUAUUUCAGACACUCCUUUUGCCAUUUUAUCUUUACAUUUUUCUUGCUGCAUCUUCAGCAUGUGAACACCUGAAGAAACUUUCCCAUCCUUUGGAGACUCUGUAAAUGAAAAGGUUGUCAGUAAACAUCUGAUGGAAUUUUUUUUAAUGUCUUCCUUUUAUACUCCAGAAACAAUAACAGGAAGGGGAUUAAUAGGAGAGGAUGAAGGAUUAAAAGCAGUCUGCCUUUCUCCCACCCCUUAUUUCUGUUCCUUGUUUAUAAAUCCUCAUGCUGCUCUCCAGAUGACUGACUGCAUCUCACCACAGCAAAGCCAACUUUAGAUUCCAAGUGUUCCAAAUGGUCACAUCAGUUACUAAAAACCCCAGGCCCUUAAGAUCAUACACUUCUUCCAUUGUUUUUGCGUGAGGCGAUUUCCCCCUCUUUUUAAAGAAAAGGCUUUCAUUUCAUUCCCAUUAACUUCAGUAAGAAAUCAAUGGCUCUCACAUUUCAGAUUGUUUGACCCAGGGAGCUGGUGCUUUCCCCCUCCCUUCAUUUGAGGAACAAAAUGAAAUUCAGGCAACGGUGAUCAAAUAUAUUCUCUCUGUCAUUUUUGUCUACAAAACAGGGCAAUACUCUAGGGCUUCACGCACUACAGGGAACAAAACUUCCCAGUCUUGCAGAAAUCAAAUAGCAAGUCUGUGUGAUAAUUUCUUCUUCUUUUAUUUAUCAGAUCAGAUAUCUUUGGACUGCAGCUGAAAUAGAAAACCUUAUUUUCCUAUUACAAAUAAACUGAAUUUAGAAUUCUCAUUAAAACUGCAACGGUGGAUACAAAAAUAAUUUUCCAAAACUGCUCUUGAAAGAAUGGCAUCCCCUGUGUCUAGAACAAUGAUGUGUACCCGUCGCUAAUCCCAUGCAUUGCAGUUCUCGCUAGAGUUCAAGAAGAGGAAGAGGAAAGCAGUUGUGCUGGAGAUGUUGAAUUUCUGCCCAUUAUGCAGCUUUUGAAGAUGAAAAAGUUCAUUGCUUGUUGUUGGUAACAUUAAGCUUCUGUCGAGUUUAUGAAGAUAAGAUUAUGUUGAACAUCUCUGAUAUUUGCUUUUCUAGAGCCCCAUCCUGCUCACUCUGUUCAGGAAAGCAGGAACAAAAAGCAGACAAUCUACUCCAGGCACCAAACAGAUUGAAUCAUCCGGUACCUCAAGGGACACAGCCAGUACCGGAAAUUCCUCAGUCAGCAAUCUCAAGCAUUUGUUUCUGUAUUAAGAGCAACUGCAACUUGCAUCCUGAUAUGGCACGGAGCCAUUUUGUGACGUUGGGGGGCUUUCUUGGGAGCUGGAGGCCUGGAGAGCAAGGAAUGAAUGUGUCCUCUGCUGUUGAUUUAAUGCCUACAUCAUCAUGGAAUGUGUCGAGUGAACUAGAGAAAGAUCACUUCUUGACACUUGAUGAGCCUAUGAAUAAUAUUACUACCACUCUAGGCCAGACAGCAGAACUGCAUUGCAAGGUUUCUGGUAAUCCUCCACCAACUGUACGUUGGUUGAAAAAUGAUGCUCCUGUUGUGCAAGAACCCAGAAGGAUAUCUUUCCGUGCAACAAGCUAUGGGUCUAGAUUACGAAUAAGAAAUCUUGAUACCACAGAUACUGGCUACUUUCAGUGUGUGGCGACAAGUGGCAGGAAAACUGUUUCCACAACUGGAGUUCUGUUUGUGAAAUUUGGACCUCCACCAACAUCAAGCCCCGGAACAUCUGAUGAAUAUGAAGAGGAUGGAUUUUGCCAGCCAUACAGAGGAAUUGCAUGUGCAAGGUUUAUUGGCAACCGAACCAUUUACAUGGAGUCGCUCCAUAUGCAAGGUGAAAUAGAAAAUCAAAUUACUGCUGCCUUCACAAUGAUUGGGACCUCCAGUCAUUUAUCUGAUAAAUGUUCCCAGUUUGCGAUUCCUUCACUGUGCCAUUAUGCUUUCCCAUACUGUGAUGAGACUUCUUCCGUUGCAAAACCACGAGAUCUGUGCCGUGAUGAGUGUGAAAUUCUGGAAAAUGUCCUUUGCCAAACUGAAUACAUCUUUGCAAGAUCUAACCCUAUGAUUUUGAUGCGCUUAAAGCUCCCUAAUUGUGAAGAUCUUCCACAACCUGAUAGCCCUGAAGCUAUAAACUGUAUCCGUAUUGGCAUCCCUAUGGCAGAUCCAAUCAACAAGAAUCACAAAUGUUAUAACAGCACAGGAGCAGACUACCGAGGGACCGUGAGUGUCACAAAAUCUGGGCGACAGUGCCAGCCAUGGAAUUCUCAGUAUCCGCACACGCACGUUUUCACUGCCAUCAGAUACCCCGAGUUGAAUGGGGGCCAUUCAUACUGCCGUAAUCCAGGAAAUCAGAAGGAAGCUCCAUGGUGCUUCACCUUAGAUGAAAAUUUCAAAUCAGAGCUUUGCGACAUCCCAGCUUGUGUCACAAAAGACUCUAAGGAAAGGAAUAAAAUGGAAAUCCUCUACAUAUUAGUGCCAAGUGUUACAAUUCCCCUGGCUAUCGCAUUACUGUUUUUAUUCAUUUGUAUUUGCCGCAACAACCAGAAGUCUUCCUCCCCUCCAGUUCAAAGACAACCUAAACAUGUCAGAGGGCAGAACGUAGAAAUGUCUAUGCUAAAUGCAUACAAGCCAAAGAGUAAAGCUAAGGAGCUUCCUCUUUCUGCUGUCCGUUUUAUGGAGGAGCUGGGUGAAUGUGCUUUUGGCAAAAUCUACAAAGGACAUCUUUAUCUCCCAGGCAUGGACCAUGCUCAGCUGGCUGCAAUCAAGACUCUAAAGGACUGUAACAAUCCACAGCAGUGGGCAGAGUUCCAGCAGGAAGCUUCUUUGAUGGCAGAGCUGUAUCAUCCCAAUAUUGUCUGUCUCCUUGGGGUUGUGACUCAGGAGCAACCAGUCUGCAUGCUUUUUGAGUACAUGAACCAAGGGGACCUCCACGAAUUUCUUAUCAUGCGGUCACCGCAUUCAGAUGUUGGAUGUAGCAGUGAUGAGGACGGUACUGUAAAAUCCAGCUUAGAUCAUGGGGAUUUUCUACAUAUAGCAGUCCAGAUUGCAGCAGGGAUGGAAUACUUAUCAAGCCAUUUUUUUGUUCAUAAAGAUCUGGCGGCUCGCAAUAUUUUAAUUGGAGAACAGCUCCAUGUGAAGAUUUCUGAUUUGGGAUUGUCAAGAGAAAUAUACUUGGCAGAUUAUUACAGAGUUCAGAAUAAGUCCCUGCUGCCCAUUCGUUGGAUGCCUCCUGAGGCGAUUUUGUAUGGCAAGUUUUCUUCUGAUUCAGAUAUCUGGUCCUUUGGUGUUGUCCUCUGGGAGAUUUUCAGCUUUGGUCUCCAGCCCUAUUAUGGAUUUAGCAAUCAAGAAGUCAUAGAAAUGGUAAGGAAACGGCAACUUUUACCAUGCUCUGAAGACUGUCCUCCCAGAAUGUACAGCUUAAUGACAGAAUGUUGGCAUGAGCUGCCAUCUCGGAGACCAAGAUUUAAAGAUAUCUAUGCACGGCUGCGAUCUUGGGAGGGGCUGUCAAGUCACACUAGUUCUACUACUCCAUCUGGUGGAAAUGCUACCACUCAAACAACUUCUCUCAGUGCAAGCCCAGUUAGCAACCUAAGUAACCCUAGAUACCCUAACUACAUGUUCCCUGCACAGGGUAUACCACAAGGCCAAAUUGCUGGAUUCAUUGGCCCACCAAUACCUCAAAACCAGCGAUUUAUUCCUAUCAAUGGAUAUCCUAUUCCUCCUGGAUAUGCUGCUUUUCCAGCUGCCCACUAUCAACCUGCAGGUCCACCAAGGGUAAUUCAACACUGUCCCCCACCUAAGAGCCGUUCACCGAGCAGUGCUAGUGGAUCAACUAGCACCGGUCAUGUGACUAGUUUGCCCUCUUCAGGAUCCAAUCAGGAUGCAAAUAUACCUUUACUCUCUCAUAUGUCAAUGCCAAAUCAUCCAGGUGGGAUUAGUAUAACCGUGUUCGGAAACAAAACUCAAAAACCCUACAAAAUUGACUCCAAACAAGCAUCUUUAUUAGGAGAUUCCAAAAUUCAUGCACAUAAUGAGACUGUAAUAUCAGCAGAGAUGUAAAUUAGUGAGGUUUUGUAAAUAAAACUACAAUAUGGACUAGAAAGUUGUAGAGGAGAUUUAUAUUCAAAUAUUUUAUUGGAGAUUCUUCUGGCUGUAUAAAAAGACAUUUACACUAAGUAUCUUCUGUGAAGUUUAUUCGUGCUUAACAGGAUAAAGAGGUGCCAACCUUUUUUUUUUUUUUUUAAUGAACAACAAAAAAGCUAUAUUGUAGUUAACAAUCAACAUCUUUGGUAUACAUGUAUUGACAGAUAUUAAAGGGGGAGAAUGUCUGUUUUAUUUAAAACAAACCUUAAUGUUCCAGAUUUUAUUUAAUCACAUAAAUAUGCUUUUAAUCAUGGCUCCUGCCUCAGCAAUCUUAUUCUGAACAAAUAUUUUAAUAUUUGACAUUUUCAUGAAUGAAUUGAGGUGUGAUGGCCAAGUAUUUGAGACAAUCAGCUAUAUUUUCGAAGGAUGAAAGUUUGAUUCUUGUUUGGUCUCAUGAGGUAUGGAUAUUACCAGUUAAGGCAUACAUAAAUACCUAAUCCAUUAAGCCAGGAGAAGCCAAAGGCAGUGACAAGUUUGCUUUUAUCCCAGCCAUAUAAAACAAACGUAGGGCAUUGACCAUUCCCCUCACUUCUAAACAAUAUCCAAAUUAUCAAAAAUGUAGUGGGUGUGCCAUUUCAAUUCAAAAUGACAAACAUUUCUAUCAUUUUACGCCAAGAAUGUUUGUUCAGAUAUACCAUUCAAUUUUAAUAUCUGAUAGGUUCAUAAAUUAUUUUAAGAAAAUUGUCUUUUCCAUACUGAAGAUAAAGUUCAUGCAUAAACUCAAAAUGCAUAAUUUCAUAUUAGGGCAUAAAAUAUGUUCAUGGCAUAGAGUAGUACAAGCAAAAGAGACACCUAGAGUACAAGAAGUGUCAUGGAUUUGCAUAAAAUAAAUGAGUGAACAAUAUAUUCCUUGACUUUAUAUCUGUAGUUGCAAUAGAAUUUUGUAUACUUUUGUUGCUAUGCAACCCUUUAAUUAAAAAAUCCCUUUUAAAUUCUUAUUUUAUAAUAAGCAGACAAUCAGUUUUUGCAAGAAUAUUUAUUAUUUCAGGUAAAAUAAAUAGCUUUUGUAGUGAUAACCCUGAAAUGGGAAGUCUACAUUCCAUCAGAUGUACUCAACAAUUUUCUGGAAAUUGUUUGAUAACUUUUGUAUGUCAUUUCAAAUAAUGUGAAUUAGAAUUAACUUUUUACUAGAAAAUAUGGCAUUUGUAUUACUGAAAUUUAUUCAGGUAUAAUCAGUCUGGAUUAUUUUGAAACCACUGUAAUGUUUUUUUAAAAUACUGUGUAUAUUGCAACUUCUUACAAGCUUUUUCCCCAAAUUAAAAUAGUUUUUGUAUGGGUUAUAAACACACAGAUUCAGACACUUGACAGUGCCUUUUCAAAAUCAUUUGCACAAAAUGUGUUUUUGUAUAGCAGAACUGAAAAAUACAUACCUGCUUUUUA